CCGGGACUCAAUAUCAGCCGGCGCACUCGAGGAGGCCGGCCCGGCAGAAAUUCGUCCCGUUUUCGCUCGACCGCGCGAGUCGCGGUGCGCCAUGCGCGUCGUCUGCUUGUUCGCCGCCAUUUGCAUCGGUAUCUCGACGUGAGACAAAAAGUAUCGCGCGAUAGCUGUGCCAUCCUCUCGAUUUUCUGCGACCGACCGACCGACCCGAGCCAUGAAGAGCCGCGCAGCGCGAGCCUGCUGCGUGAUCUUCCUGGUUGCCGCCGCGUGCACCUGCGGCGCCCGUACGGAAUGCAGCGGCACCGCGCAAAUCUCAUUCCUGACGAGCGUGCACGACGACCCGUCGUGCGCGAAACCGUCGACCAAGGGCGUCAUGCUCUACGAGGCCGCCGGCCUGCUCGCCGAGGCUCACAACAAUCGGACCGAAGAUUUCGAGAUCGGGAUCACCGUUCUGGACACGUGCGGCAGCAUUACGGGCGCCCUGAAGGCGGCCAUGAAGGCUCUCGUGUGGGCUGACAUCAACUGCCUGCACCCGCCGCAUUACCUAGGAAUCAUUGGGCCGGACACGACGACCAAUGCCGAGGCGGUGCACAAGGUGACCUCGAUACUGAAGGUGCCGCACAUCGUGAAGAAGCCGUCGAUCUCGCCGUACCUGCAUCCUCUGCCGGAGGAAUCCAACUCCUACGUGGUGCAGGCGAUCCUGAAGAUAGUGGAGACCCUGAGGUGGCGGUCCUUCACGUUGGUGGCCAACGUGGAGGACGAGAGCGACGGCGACGUGCAGAACAUGGCGAAGAAACUGACGAUGAGCGCCAUCGCCAGGGAACUCUGCGUCAUAGUUCACGAUAACGACGAGGAAGAUUACACGUCGCACAUCGUGCACGUCGGCAAACCGGACGGCAAGUUCCUGCGCUCGGCCAUGAACGCGACCGUGCUGAUCGUCGGCGAAGGAGGCGCGCAGGAUCAUCUGAGUCGCAUUAACGGCAGCAACACCGUACUGUUGCUGGAGGACUCGAGGAAUGUAAUGGACGGCCUGGAGCGGCGGGUCGAGAACUCGCGCUGGUGGGCGUCCGAGAGCAACGGCCGCGGCAGGUACGACGCCGAGGAGCUGCGGCAAGUCAGGUGGCUCGAGGACGCCGUGGGGAUCUACGCGAAAGCCCUGAGGAUGCUGUGCAAGAACAAGAGGUGCAAGAAUCAGGUGAACCCCUUGGACUGGAACCACGUGGUGUCGAGCGUGCUGAUGGCGCACAACGCGGAGUCGCAGGCCGUGCCGCGGUUCCUCGACGUGUCUAUGAGGACGAGGGCGGGCGAGCUGGAGCACCUGGGCGGCGUGAUCGUCGCUGGGGACAAGGCGCAGGUCCACUGGAGCAAGCGGGGCCAAGAGUUGCGCGAGGAGGCCGAGGGAGGAGCCGGGGAGAGCGAUGGCACGACGACGCCGGCAGACGAUUACGAGAGCAUGCCGUUCGCGUUCAGGCGGCUCCUCGAUCGAGAGGGCCGCGAGCCGCGUUCAGGAUGCACCACCACCGUCAAGGAGAUCAGGAUACUGCACGAGAAGGACAACGAGGACGCGCAGGUCCUCGUCUCGGGGAUGGACGACCACGAGUGGUGGACGAUGGUGCUCUUUGUGUGCACGGUGAGCGGCGUGGGGGUCGCAAUGUUCCUGGUGGUUACCCUCGCCGUGUACGUCAUCUACGUGAACAUACGGGGCCCGCGGUGUCCCAAGGGCAAGGACCAGUCGGACAGGGACACCAGCUUGCGGAGGAUGAGCGGCGACCGGGAGCUGCCGGCGACGAUAACCGGCCGCAUCCAGCGGGCGAGGCGGCCGCCGCCGCCGCAGAGGACGGGCAGCAACAGGAGCAACGUAUCCGAGAAGAGCGUUUAACGUCGGCGCUGCUGGAUGACGAUUCGCGCGAAUAAUAAAUGAAGCGAAUACGUCCGCUCGUCUCUCUCCUUCUUUCUCUCUCUGUCCUCGUCGUCCGUCUGCUCCUCUCUUCCGACGGGAGACAGAACCGGGAGGAAACUUGUCUUAUCGGUAAUCUAGUCGAUCGCUUGAUUCAUUGGUCGCGUUCAUUAAGCACGCGCACGUGAGCAUUCGAUUGUGCUGCAUGAAUAAAGAUGACACGUCAGACAUU